AUGUCUCAACUUGUCAGAGCUUCAAAACAUCCAUUCGGGUUUUCUGUCUUUGCUGCCUUUGGCAUUUCCGAUGAGCAAAACGAAAUUGAAAAAUUAUAUUUGAAUUUUUGUGAUCGAGAUGAUGUAAUCUUGUCAACAAAUCCAACGGAAAACUCAUCUGAAAUUAUAUCAGAAAUGAAAAAUAAUUGUUUUGAAUUAGGAAUUGGAAGACACACCAAAUGUCCUCUGAAAACAACCUCUCAAUGGACAGAAGACGAGCGAAUUAUUUUGAGAAAGUCAUUAUCAACAGAAACGAGGAAAUUUGAUUUUAUGCAAGUUGCCGUUGCUGUACUUAUUGAAAAUGUCCCAACUAGGGAAGUGUUAAUCACAAAAAGAGCCAAACACAUGAGGGCGUUCCCAAAUACCUACGUUGUGCCUGGAGGGUCUGUCGAACAGCAAGAUGAAUCUAUUUAUCAUGCUGCUGUCAGAGAAACGUUUGAAGAGACAGGAAUUCAAAUAGAUUGUAAUUGUUUAACACCGAUUUAUUUGUGGGAAAGCGCCUUUCCUACAUCCAUUGACCAAGGAAUUCCAUCUAGACAUCAUUUAAUUAUUUAUUUACAUGCAAAAGUCAACUUAUUUACUGAAAAUGCAUCAAAAGAGGAAAAAUAUGAGAAAAUUUUGAAACUCCAGAAAGAGGAAGUUGAAUCUGCCAGUUGGAUUGGAGUUGAGGUGGUUUCCAAAAUUGUACAGCAUAUUGAAGGUGGAAGAGAAAUGACCCAAAAAUUGAAACAAUCUAUUGAAGGAAAGACUUUUGAAGUUUUUGACGUACAUGGAAACUAUUCAACAAGUCCUCUUGAUGUUCUAUUUAACCCAGAUAAUACCAUUGGAUAUGAGAGGUUGACAACAGGAACUAGAUUUCUAUUGAGGAGGUGGUAUCACAUUAGGACCCAUGAAUGA